AUGAAUCCCUAUGAAAGAGGAAAUAGCAAAUCCGAGGCCCAAUCCAAUAAGAGAGCAAGAACCGACGCUCCAAAGCAAGACGAUAUUGACGACGAUGUUGAAAACGCAAUGGCAUUCAUAAAAAAGACCUUAUUGGCCAAAUCUUUAGAGAUUAAGAGACUCAAAGCACGACUUGAAAAAAUGAGCUCGGAGUCUAGUGUAGCUAUGCCAAGAUUCUAG